AUGGAUCAACAGGUCCCUCUCAACUACGAGGCUUCGGCUGGCGAGACCAACAAGCAAGUCACGGCAACUCUUCCCCAAGAGGUCGUACAAUGCCUGGAGAAUGCUCGAUUCCUUCACCUUGCGACGUGUACCGAUAACACGCCGAAUGUCUCUCUCAUGAACUACACCUACCUCCCAUCCUCGAACUACUCGGCCGGCCCCGUAAUUGUCAUGACUACGAACCCCGCCUCGAGAAAAACACAGAACCUUCUUUCGAAUCCCAAUGUCUCUCUGUUGGUUCACGACUCGGUUUCUAGUAUUAGUGCUACAAUCAAUGGCACCGCCAGACUGGUUGACAAUGGUUCGGACGAGGAGAAGUUCUACCGCGAGGCGCACCUGGAGAACAAUACAUUUGACGAAGGCCAGAGCUUCAACCCAACUGUUCAGGCCGAGGACGGUGGCAGAGGAUGCUUUGUCGCGGGGGAGGAAGUACGAGUCAUCGUGGUCAAGAUCAAGGACGUCAGAAUCAGUGAUUGGAAGGGUGCAGUGCGGGAUUACGUGCUGACAGAGGAGACCGCUGCUCCCCAGCUCAAUGGCGUACGGUAG